AAUUCCUUUCACCGCAAGCUUUCUUCUCCGGUUCACCUCCACGUAGAGAAUGCCGCACUCGGUGGUUGUCGGUAACAGGAGCAGCAACGCCGGUGAAACAAAUCCUCAAACUAUUCACCUUCAGAACUUAAGACAAAAAAUAGAUAUUCAAAAAGUCCAAGGGUCAAAAUGCAAUUAACAAAUUAAUGGAUUAUGAUGCACCUUUAGCAUCGGUCCAUAGUAACACUUUCCUUUUAUAUCGUAUUUUUGUUUUUUAUAUCACCGCCUUCAACAAAAAGCUAUCAUCGUUCUUCUUCUCCGGAAACCCUAAUGUCAUUUCUUGAAGAAUUUCAAGCCAAUUUGGAAUCACUGCCCAAUAUUCUUCAUAAGAAGUAUGCCUUGUUGCGUGACCUAGAUAAGAGUUUACAAGAUAAUCAAAGGCAAAAUGAACAGCGUUGUGAGCAAGAAAUUGAAGAUAUUAGGCGAGGAGUAAGGUCUGGAAACAUCACACCCGAUACUUCAGUUAUUAGAUUCUCUGAUGAAGCGCUUGAUGAACAAAAGCAUAGCAUCAGGAUUGCUGAUGAAAAAGUUGGCUUGGCUGUCCAGGCAUAUGAUUUGGUAGAUACACAUAUACAACAACUUGAUCAAUAUCUGAAAAAGUUUGAUGAGGAGCUUCGGCGUGAAAGAGAAAAUGCUGCAAUAACUGGAGUGCAUACUUCAAGUCCGGAUGGCAAUACAAAAUCUGGAAAGAACGAAGGCGGUAGAGGAGGCAGAAAAAAAACACGCCAAACAGCAUCUACCCAAACUGCAACAGCAGCGGCAUUGGCAGCAGCAACAGAAGCACUAGCCACAUCUGUAAACCCUACUGGCAUGGAUUUAGAUAUACCAGUUGAUCCAAAUGAACCAACAUACUGCUUUUGCAACCAAGUUAGCUAUGGAGAAAUGGUUGCCUGCGAUAACCCUGAUUGCAAAAUAGAGUGGUUUCAUUUUGGUUGUGUUGGCCUGAAAGAACAACCAAAAGGAAAAUGGUACUGUUCAACUUGUGCAGCAACAAGAAAUCGCCGGAGAGGCAAAUGAGACUGGCAGAAUAAUAAGAUCAAUGUUAAAUUUGUUGAGUGUAUAUUCAUAAUAUUUUUAUAUAGAGUAGUUAUUUUGUUUGAUUUAUUAGGGCCUUGAAACUUUGCUUAUGUAGUUCUUCUUAUUGCUGGGAAAGUUUGAAAUGAUAAAUUUCCAAAGACUUGCCUUGUCAUUUUAGUCUCUGGUGCUUUGUGAAUGGCUCUUACCUUUCAUUGGCUUGAAAAAGUGAGAAUAGUCUCGUGUAUGUGUAGUGUACAAUUGCAGAUGGAAAUAGACUGGAUGAGCCAGGCUUUGUAUGAAAAAGUCUGAGCUGUUUAAAACAUUCAAGGUUUAAGUCUGAUACUAUUAUAUACUAUUUGGGGUCUGGUAUGGCCUAUUUGAAA